ACUUAAAUGCCGAACGAGUUCUUCAGAUUCAGUUUCAGUUGGUUCAGUCAGUUGUUUACAAUUUGUCGUUGAGGGUGGAUUACUUCGUCGCGAGUUUCGUUCGUGCAUGAUGCGGUUGUGGAUGUGGUUGAUUGUAUACAUACAUACUAUGCACAAAUCCAGUUCUCAUUUUGUUAUUUUACAAAUUCUCAGCGAGCGCAUGAACUGGCAGCCUAUAGCGAGCAGCUAAUCACAAUAUUUACGCCAGAUUCGUGGACUUGAAAGGAAACUGAGCCAACCAAUCGAUUUUUUAGUGUUAUCGAAAAACAUUUUUCACUCCUCGCAUCCGCAUCGCAUCCCACGUCCCACACACCACAUCCCGAGCCCGAGCCCCGAGCCCCGAGCCCCGAGCCCGGAGCCCCGAAUCCCGACCACGUCCAUCAGCUGGGGGAAGGGACACCAGUAACCAGUAACCAGUACCAGUAGCAAUACGAGAUAGUGAGAUGGCUUGCUUCAGGAAGAGGCACUUUCUACUGUGGCUCCUGCGCGCCCUGUGUGUGCUGCACACGGCUCCGCGACGGGCACAUGCCACCGCUGGACUGCAGGGAGUGCCGACCUGGAUAUACCUCGGCCUCAAGUCGCCCUUCAUCGAGUUCGGCAGCCAGGAGGAGCAGCUGGCCAACUCGAGCAUUCCGCUCAACAUGACCAAGGACGAGCAGGCCAACAUGCACCAGGAGGGCCUGCGCAAGCUGGGCACGUUCAUCAAGCCCGUGGACCUGCGGGACUCGGAGACUGGCUUCGUCAAGGCCGAUCUCACCAAGCGACUGUUCGAUUCGCCCAACAUCACCUCGCGCCCCGUUCACCCCAUCCAGGAGGAGAUGGACCAGAAGCAGAUCAUCCUGCUCGACGAGGACACCGACGAGAACGGCCUGCCCGCCAGUCUGACCGACGAGGACCGCAAGUUCAUAGUGCCCAUGGCCCUGAAGAAUAUAUCGCCCGAUCCCCGUUGGGCGGUCACCACACCAGGGCCCGCCUCCGCCCUCCAAACGGGCGGCAAGGCCACAACGACCGUUCUGCCUUCGCCAAUGGCGCAGGUGGAGGGCGACCCCACGUCCAACAUUGACGACCUGAAGAAGCACAUACUGUUUCUGCACAACAUGACCAAGACCAACUCGAACUUCGAGUCGAAGUUUGUCAAAUUUCCCAGCCUGCAGAAGGACAAGGCCAAGACGUCGGCCGGAGGAGCGCCCACGGGCGUGAAGCGUCCGCAGCGGCCGAUUCAUCAGUACUCCGCGCCCAUAGCCCCGCCAACUCCCAAGGUGCCAGAGGGAGCAUACAGCCCCGGAGAGCAGCCCAUUGGUGGCUACUAUCAGAACGAGGAGUUGGCCAAUAAUCAAUCCUUUCCCAAGCCAACAGAUAAUGCCUCCAAUGGCGCUGUCGCCAGCAAUGAAGGCCAGAAGACUCCCAGCGAGCCGCAGGUGAUCCUGCUCAACGAAUCGCUGGCCACAACGGUGCCGGAGGCCUCUCUAGAGUCCAUCAACCCGGCGAUAAACGUCCCGAAGGCGGGACCGCCCUUACGCACAACAAAGCGUCCACCUUGCCUGCGCAAUCCCGAGUCCCCGAAGUGCAUACGCCAACGGAGGCGGGAGGAGCAGCAGCGGCAGCGGGAACGGGACGAGUGGUUCCGGGGUCAGUCGCAGUACAUGCAGCCCCGGUUCGAGCCCAUCAUUCAGACCAUUAAUAAUACCAAGAGGUUUGCCGUAUCCAUUGAGAUUCCAGACUCUUUUAAGGUAUCCUCGGAGGGAUCGGACGGCGGCGAGCUGCUCUCGCGCGUUGCCCGCUCGCAGCCCAGCAGUAGGAAAAUAAUGCCAGACUACAUUAAGGUAUCUAUGGAAAACACAUCCGUCACGGAUUACUUUAAGCACGACGUGGUGAUGGCCUCGGCGGAUGUCGCCAGCGAAAGGGAUUUCCUUAUCAAAAACAUGGAGGAGCACGGAGCUGCCUCCACGAACGAGCACAAUGACACGGCCCCAGCUGCCGACGCAUACUCGGAGACAAUCGAUCUUAAUCCCAAUAACUGCUACAGCGCUAUAGGCCUGAGCAACAGCCAAAAGAAGCAGUGUGUGAAGCACACCAGCGUAAUGCCGGCCAUCAGUCGCGGUGCCCGCGCGGCCAUCCAAGAGUGCCAGUUUCAGUUCAAGAACCGCCGCUGGAACUGCAGCACAACGAACGACGAAACUGUGUUUGGUCCGAUGACCAGCCUGGCCGCUCCCGAGAUGGCCUUCAUCCACGCCCUGGCGGCGGCGACGGUGACCAGCUUUAUAGCCCGAGCCUGCCGGGAUGGGCAGCUGGCCUCCUGCAGCUGCUCCCGAGGCACGCGGCCCAAGCAGCUCCACGACGACUGGAAGUGGGGCGGGUGCGGCGACAACCUGGAGUUCGCCUACAAGUUCGCCACCGACUUCAUUGACUCGCGGGAGAAGGAGACCAACCGAGAGACCCGCGGGGUCAAGAGAAAACGCGACGAGAUUGGCAAGAAUCGCAUGCACUCUGAUGACACAAACGCCUUCAAUGCGGGCAUUAAGAGAAAUAGAAAUGCGGAGGCCAAGAAUGACACUACAUUAAUGCACUUGUUGGAACUGGAGCAGCGCAUCACGAAGGAGAUACUGACGUCCAAGAUAGACGAGGAGGAGAUGAUCAAGUUGCAGGAGAAGAUCAAGCAGGAAAUAGUGAACACCAAGUUCAAGGCGGAGCAGCCGCGCAAAAAGAAGCGGAAAAAUCAACGGGCCGCCGCGGAUGCGCCUGCCUUUCCGAGGAACGGCAUCAAGGACAACUACAAGGACGGCAUCCUGCCCCGCAGCUCGGCGACCGCCAAGGCAAGAAGCCUGAUGAACUUGCACAACAACGAGGCCGGACGUCGGGCGGUCAUCAAGAAGGCGCGCAUCACCUGCAAGUGCCACGGCGUCUCGGGCUCCUGCAGCCUGAUCACCUGCUGGCAGCAACUGUCCUCGAUCCGGGAGAUCGGCGACUAUCUGCGCGAGAAGUACGAGGGAGCCACGAAGGUGAAGAUCAACAAGCGCGGACGACUCCAGAUAAAGGAUUUGCAGUUCAAGGUACCGACCGCUCACGAUCUGAUUUACCUAGACGAGAGCCCCGACUGGUGUCGCAACAGCCACAUGCUGCACUGGCCAGGUACACACGGACGUGUGUGUCACAAAAACUCCUCGGGAUUGGAAAGCUGUGCCAUACUGUGCUGCGGGCGGGGCUAUAAUACGAAGAAUAUUAUAGUGAACGAACGCUGCAACUGCAAAUUUCACUGGUGUUGCCAGGUUAAAUGUGAGGUUUGUACAAAGGUACUCGAGGAACACACAUGUAAAUAGAUCUAGGGUUUGGGCGCUCUGGACGCGUUGAAAUUCAAAUGUCUUAAUGUUUGUGACUAAGCCAUGAAGAAAUAAUCGUAUUUAAACAAAUAAUUAUUUAUUGAAAUUACAUUUAAAUUAAUGAUUCUAUUUAAAAAUUUUUACUAUUUUACCGGCUUUUAAGCACUACCAAACUAAAUUGUCGAAUAACUUUAAAAGCCCUUUUAGAUUGCAAAACAUAUUGCUUCUUAAAACGCUAAGAAAAGAAACUGCUAAACAAAACCACCUUACUUAUGUAUAGCUUUUAGAAAUCAUUAGUUCUAAGUAUAAUUCUGGUAGGGUUGGCCUUCUUAAAAACAAAAAGAAAAUAGUGAAGGUUUCAACACAAUUUUAAAGAACUGUUGUAUUUUUUUUAAUUAAGAUAAUAUUACUGAUAUAUAAUAUUAAAUAUAUUACUGAAUGGAAUAAGUCAUAA